UUGAUAAAUGAUAAAUCGGAAAUCCAAUAAUUUAUACAAGAUAAAUCCAACGUUAAUUUUUUUCUUCAAUGUUUACAAACAUAAUAAAAAAUUAGACUUAAUAUUACUCUAAAGUUCAAACUCGGAAAAUAUUAAUAUUGAUUCGACAUUCUAAAUCCCGGAGGACAACUUUAGUUAAUUUGUUAUUAUUGUAUAGUGCUAUUGUAUUAAUUUUAUUUGCAAUCUCCAGACACCAUUUGGACUACCAUGGACUUAAUUCAAGCUGUUAAAAUGUAUAUAAACAAGAUGACUGAAGAUUGUGGUCCAGGCAUGAAAGUACUCCUUAUGGAUAAAGUCACUACUAGUAUUGUGAGUGCAGUUUAUUCUCAGUCAGAAAUACUUCAACGCGAAGUAUACUUAUUCGAACAGCUGGACAUCAACAACAGUACAGACAAUUUAUACUUCAUGAAAUGCAUUACGUUUUUAAGACCAACCAAAGAAAACAUAUCGCUUUUAUGUAAAGAAUUACGGAAUCCCAGAUAUGGAUACUAUUAUAUUUAUUUUAGCAAUAUAAUUUCAAAAACCGAUAUUAAGGCAAUAGCAGAAAGUGAUACCCAAGAAGUUGUAAGAGAAGUACAAGAAUUUUAUGCAGAUUUUUUGGCAGUCUCGCCUCAUCUCUUCUCUUUAAAUAUCUCCUCUUGCGGGCAAUGUCUUUCUUGGGAUCCACUGCAGUUGACUCGCUGUACGCAAGGAAUUCUCUCAGUAUUACUGUCACUAAAAAAAUUCCCUUUAAUACGAUUCCAGGCUUCUUCGAAAAUGUGUAAACAAUUAUCAGAAAAAAUUAAGGAAGUAUUCUCGAAAGAGGAAAAUCUAUUCGAUUUUAAGCAAGGAGAUAUCCAACCACAAAUGUUAAUAUUAGACAGAAGAGAAGAUCCAGUUACUCCAUUACUAAUGCCAUGGACGUACCAAGCUAUGGUUCACGAACUGUUGACCAUAAAUAAUAAUCAAGUCGAUCUGAGCCAUGUAGAAGACAUCAAACCCGACUUGCAAAAACUCUUGUUGUGUGCGGAACAAGAUGAUUUAUAUAAACAAAACAUAUAUAAAAAUUUUGGAGAAAUUGGUGAGAUAAUGAAAUCACUGAUUGAUGAUUUUAAAUCCAAAGCUAAAACCAAUCAAAAACUUGAUACAAUUUCGGACAUGAAAGCUUUUGUUGAAAACUAUCCUCAAUUUAAGAAAAUGUCUGGUACCGUUUCCAAACACGUAAUUAUAAUGGAACAACUAUCAAAUUUUGUAUCUCAGAAAAAUCUCCUUGAAGUAUCUGAAUUACAACAACAGAUAGCUUGCGACAUUCAAACCUCCCAACAUUUACAAAAAAUUAGGGAACUUAUCGACAAAGACAUUCCAGAAGAUGAAGCAAGUAAACUUAUUAUGUUGUAUGCUUUAAAAUCGAGCGGUAAAGACAGUAGUAAAGACAUAAAUAGUCUAGUUCAAUUACUUAAAUCAAAACGAGUUGCUGAGCACUGGAUUGAGCUCGUACACGAUAUAAUGAAAUACCAAAGUAAAACAUUAGUUGAUAAUGAAAAUACGUUAAAAAAUGCAAAACAAAUUACAAAACGUUUUUAUAAGGACUUGAAAGGAGUUGAUAACAUAUUCACCCAAUAUGUACCCCUUUUAAAAGAACUUAUCGAAGAUUUUAUCAAAUCACGGUUAAAAGAAGAACACUACCCAUAUAUUAGCGACAUAAAUCAAUUUACCAAAAAUAAGGUGCAAGAUAUCAUUGUGUUUGUAAUUGGUGGUGUUACAUAUGAGGAAUCUAUGGCUGUGCAUCAAUUGAACGCGGCAAAUCCACACGUGAGGAUUAUACUGGGAGGUAGCAAAAUUCAUAACUCCCAAAGUUUUUUGAACGAAGUGAAAAUGGCUACUUUUGGAGUAGUCAAGACCAGACCUGGAUCUCGAAAGCUGUAAAUAUAAUUAGCUAACAUUUUGCAAUUAGUAUUAUUAUUAUUAUUAUUCGUAUACGCUUUGUUAUUUAUUUUUCUAUUUAUUUAUUAUAAGUAUGUAAUAUAAUUUAUUGUGCUUGAAAUUAUUUAUAUAUUUAUAUAUAUGUUAUAUUAAAUUUUUAUUAAUCGAAUAA